UUAUUAAAAACCAAAAAAAACUAUAUAAAAAAAAAAUUCACCAACUUUUUGUUGUUUUUGAAUAACCCCCAUUUUCAUUCCUCCCUUCCUUAAUUUUCUCCCCACUUCUUCUCUAUCCCAGCUUCAACUGAUUAUUUUCCAUGGGUAACUGUAACGCUUGUAUCAGACCCGAAGAAGGCCCUAAAAAAAACCCACAACCCAAAAAGAAAAAAACCCGACCCAACCCAUUCGCAACUAACCAAGCUCAACCCGCCCCGGUUCGAGUCCUUAAAGACAUAAUCCCCGCCGUCGGACCCCGUAUAAGCGAUACAUACGUAAUCGGUCGUGAAUUAGGGCGGGGUGAAUUUGGUGUCACUUAUUUAUGUACAGACCGGGAAACAAAAGAUCGGCUCGCUGUAAAAUCAAUUUCAAAAAGAAAACUAAGAACUGCAAUAGAUAUAGAAGAUGUAAGAAGAGAAGUAGCGAUUAUGUCUACACUUCCGGUUCAUCCAAAUAUAGUCCGGCUUAAAGCGGUUUAUGAAGAUAAUGAGGCGGUUCAUUUGGUUAUGGAGUUAUGUGAAGGUGGCGAGUUGUUUGAUAGGAUUGUUGCUCGUGGACAUUAUUCGGAAAGAGCUGCGGCUACGGUUGCGAAAACGGUUGCUGAAGUUGUUAAGUUGUGUCAUGAUAAUGGUGUUAUGCAUAGAGAUUUGAAACCUGAGAAUUUCUUGUUUGCUAAUAAGAAGGAAAAUUCUCCUCUUAAAGCUAUUGAUUUCGGUCUCUCUGUUUUCUUCCGUCCUGGGGAAAGGUUCACAGAAAUAGUAGGGAGCCCAUACUACAUGGCCCCAGAAGUGCUAAGGAGGAAUUAUGGGCCAGAAGUGGAUGUGUGGAGUGCUGGAGUUAUUUUGUACAUUCUUCUUUGCGGGGUUCCCCCUUUUUGGGCAGAGACUGAGCAGGGUGUGGCAUUGGCGAUAUUGCGUGGGGUUCUUGAUUUCAAAAGGGAACCAUGGCCUCAAAUAUCUGAGACUGCCAAGAGUUUAGUCAAACAGAUGUUGGAUCCAGACCCUAAGAAACGAUUGACUGCUCAACAAGUUCUUGAACACCCUUGGAUACAAAACGCGAAGAAAGCUCCAAAUGUCCCAUUGGGAGAUAUUGUUAGGACAAGACUCAAGCAGUUUGCUGGGAUGAAUAGAUUCAAAAAGAGAGCUCUAAGGGUCAUAGCUGAACAUUUAUCAGUCGAAGAGGUUGAAAUUAUAAAAGAUAUGUUCAUGUUGAUGGAUACUGACCGAGAUGGAAGAAUAACUUUUGAGGAAUUGAGGGCUGGCCUCCGAAAGGUUGGUUCCCAACUUGCUGAACCUGAGAUAAAGCUACUUAUGGAAGUGGCUGAUGUUGAUGGGAACGGUUACUUGGACUAUGGAGAGUUCGUAGCAGUAACAAUUCACUUGCAGAAAAUGGAAAACGAUGAACACUUCCACCGAGCAUUCAUGUACUUCGACAAAGAUGGAAGUGGCUACAUUGAGCUGGAUGAGCUUCGAGAUGCCUUGGCUGACGAAUCAGCUCAAACAGAUUCCGAUGUUGUUACUCAGAUCAUGCAAGAAGUUGAUACCAACAAGGAUGGUCGGAUAAGUUACGAAGAGUUUGUAGCAAUGAUGAAAACUGGGACUGAUUGGAGGAAGGCUUCAAGACAGUACUCAAGAGAACGAUUUAAGAGCUUAAGUCUUAACUUAAUGAAAGAUGGUUCAUUACAACUUCAUGAUGGGAUGACUGGCCAAGCUGUUGUGGUGUAAAUUAAGCAUAUAGUUGGCUUUGGAGUUCUCUUAUGGAAUGUCUCAACAUAAAGGGGUUUGUAUUGUACUUAUAUUUUACUUUUUGACACAAAUGUACUUAAUUUUUUUAUCUUUUCAUCUUGUAUAUUUCUUUUCUCAAUUGAUAAUCCAUACUAUUUUAUGUAUAGAGAGAUUCAAGUAGUUUUUGCUUCGGCUUGUAUCAUAUAUCAAUUGUGUAUUAAAGUAGUGUAUUUUCUGCGAUUCAAUAUUGAGGAAAAUUUAGGUUUUUUUGUA